AUGGACAAGGUCGACAUCCUGACGGCAUCCCGCGUGGAGCCGCUCUCCCAGCAUCACCAUGCCACCAUCAUCAGCCGGAUGGGCCCGACGCUCGCCUACGCCGUUCACCUCCAUAACAUCAUCGGCUCGCUCUCCGUUUUCCUCUGCUGGCGCGCCUACCUACUCGCCAGCAUCUCCCUCGCCGGCGCCUACUGGGCUGCCCGCAUCCUCGCGUUCCACGCCCUCGUCGCCACCAAGGUCGGCGCCUUCCACGGCGCUACCGCCUCGAUUCGCGCCGCCGCUGCCGUCUGGGACAUGAAGACGACUCGCAUGCUGCGAGACAAGCUCUUCUACGAGUUUGCCUUGUUCGUUCUGGGUGCCGGCAACGGCCUCUUCCUCCUCGUCCUCUGGCCCGGCUGGAUUGUCAUCGGUGGCACGUCGUUUGUCCUCUGGCAGGUGUGCGGGUGA